GUGAUGUCAUAAGGUGGCGCUGCGACUCCGCGUCAGUUAUGUUAUGGCUGAAGAAAGAGUGUCCAAACACACUGAAAAAACUUCUGGUGAAGCAACUGAGAUCCACAUGACACACUAUUAUAAAGAUGGCGUUUAUUAAAGAGGAGAGUGAAGACAUGAAGAUUGAAGAAACAUUCAGAGUGAACCAAGAUACUGAGGAACAAACAGACUUGAUGCUACUGAAAGUGGAGAGUGAAGUCCUGAAUGAUACGGAAGAGAAAGAUCAGUAUGAGAAAUGUCAUGCUUUCAUUACUCGAGAAAAAUCAUUUAGUUGCUCAGAUAAUGAAAAGACUUCGUCACGAAGAACAGCUCAGAAGACAGGAGAUGGAAGUUAUUUCACCUGCUUUAAAUGUGGAAAAUGUUUCAGUCAACAUGAAAACCUUACAGUCCAUAUGGGAAUUCACACUGGAGAGAGCCCUUAUACCUGCCAACAGUGUGGAAAAUGUUUUACUCAAAAGGGAACCCUUAACAGGCACAUGAGAAUUCACACUGGAGAGAGCACUUUCACCUGCCAACAGUGUGGAAAGAGUUUCACUCAAAAAGGAAACCUUAAAAAACACAUGAGAAUUCACACUGGAGAGAAGCCUUAUUCCUGCAGACUAUGUGCAAAGAGUUUCACAGCAGCACUAAACCUUAAGUAUCACAUGAACCGUCACAGUGGAGAAAAGCCAUUCAGAUGUGAUCAGUGUGAAAAGAGAUUCACCCGUAAGGUACACUUUAAUAACCACAUGAAGAUUCACUCAAAAGAGAACUGUUUUAUAUGUCAUCAAUGUGGAAAAAGUUUCCCUGAAAAAGGAAACCUUAAAAUCCACAUGAGACUUCAUACUGGAGAGAAGCCUUACACAUGCCCUCAGUGCAGAAAGAGUUUCACAUAUAAAAAAUCCCUUGAUGCCCACAUGAGAAAUCAUACUGGAGAGAAUCCUUUCACCUGCCAUCUGUGUGGAAAGAGCUUCACUCAAAAAGGAAACCUUAAAAUCCACAUGGGAAUUCACACUGGAGAGAGCUCUUACUCCUGCCAACAGUGUGGCAAUGACUGUUCCCCCAUUCAUCCUAGCAAUACCAUUGUCAAGUUUGCUGAUGAUACCACCAUAGUAGGACUGAUAACAGACAACAGCGAGACAAGCUACAGGGAGGAGAUUCAUCAUUUCACAGAAUGGUGCUCUCAAAAUAAUCAGGACUUAUAUAUGACUAAAACCAAGGAAUUGAUUGUGGACUUCAGAAAAUCCAAGUGCACUGAGUACUCUGUCCUCUGCAUACACAACAAUGAGGUAGAGAGGUGUGGACCAUCUCAAAACCUGAUCAUCAUGCAGGCUUCCAGAGAGUCCUGUGAAAACAUUCCAGAAAAGUCCCUUUCCAUCCACAACACCUUGAAGGAUGGUGGAGUGCCAGCCUUUAUGGUUGAAAUUGUCACAGUGAUAGUCCUGUGGUGCUAUGAUGGGUACGUGUGA